CUUUCUGUCAGUCCAGCGCUCCUGUAGGAGGAGGAAGAGAGAGCAGUGAGAGGGGGAGAGAGAAAGAGAGAAAGAAAGAGAGAGGGGCUGUAUUUUAGUCCCACGCUUUUUUUUAGGAAGUGGAGGGGCAGAAGUCGGAAACCGUAAUUGCUGAAAACUAAAAAAAAAAAAAUAAACGAAUCGCGGACAAACGAGCACAAGCGCUCUUUCCUUUCUUUCUUUUCCACAAAGUCUCCCCCCGUCGCGAAAGGAUGGAGAACGCGCACACCAAAGAGCCGGCAGAAUGCCUGGCCCACUUCUCCGUGAGCGAAGCCACAGGCCUCACCCCCGACCAGUUCCAGAAGAACCUGGAGAAGUUCGGCUACAACGAGCUCCCCGCUGAGGAGGGUAAAUCCAUCUGGGAGUUGGUUGCUGAACAGUUUGAGGAUCUGUUGGUCAGAAUUCUGCUGCUGGCUGCCUGCAUCUCUUUUGUCCUGGCUUGGUUUGAGGAAGGUGAGGAGACCGUCACCGCCUUCGUGGAGCCCUUCGUUAUCCUCCUUAUCCUAAUCGCUAAUGCCGUGGUGGGAGUGUGGCAGGAGCGCAAUGCGGAGGACGCCAUCGAGGCUCUGAAGGAGUACGAGCCGGAGAUGGGCAAGGUCUACCGCGCCGACAGGAAAAGCGUCCAGAGGAUCAAGGCCAGGGAGAUCGUGCCCGGAGACGUCGUGGAGGUGUCUGUUGGUGACAAAGUCCCCGCUGACAUCAGGAUCACUGCCAUUCGCUCCACAACCCUGCGUGUUGACCAGUCCAUCCUUACCGGUGAGUCUGUGAGUGUGAUCAAACACACUGAAGCUGUGCCCGACCCCAGAGCAGUCAACCAGGACAAGAAGAACAUGCUUUUCUCUGGCACCAACAUUGCCGCCGGCAGGGCUAUCGGCGUCGCCGUGGCGACCGGCGUCGCCACCGAGAUCGGCAAGAUCCGCGACCAAAUGGCGGCGACCGAGCAGGAGAAGACGCCCCUGCAGCAGAAGCUGGACGAGUUCGGCGAGCAGCUGUCCAAGGUCAUCUCCCUCAUCUGCGUCGCCGUGUGGAUGAUCAACAUCGGCCACUUCAACGACCCCGUCCACGGCGGCUCCUGGAUCCGCGGCGCCGUCUACUACUUCAAGAUCGCCGUGGCCCUGGCCGUGGCUGCCAUUCCUGAAGGUCUGCCCGCCGUCAUCACCACCUGCCUGGCUCUGGGCACCCGUCGCAUGGCCAAGAAGAACGCCAUCGUCAGGAGCCUCCCCUCCGUGGAGACCCUGGGCUGCACCUCCGUCAUCUGCUCCGACAAGACCGGCACCCUCACCACCAACCAGAUGUGUGUGACCAAGAUGUUCGUCAUUGAGAAGGUGGAAGAUGAGAAUGUUGUCCUGGAUGAGUUCAACAUCUCUGGCUCCAAGUACACCCCUGAGGGGGAAGUCUCUAAGGGUAGUGCUCUGGUGCAGUGCAGCCAGUACGAUGGUCUGGUUGAGUUGGCCACUAUCUGUGCCCUGUGUAACGACUCCUCUCUUGACUUCAAUGAGUCUAAAGGUAUCUAUGAGAAGGUGGGUGAGGCCACAGAGACCGCCCUGUGCUGUCUGGUGGAGAAGAUGAACGUGUUCGGCACGGAGGUGCGCGGUCUCUCCAAGGUCGAGAGGGCAAACACCUGCUGCUCAGUCAUCAAGCAGCUGAUGAAGAAGGAAUUCACCCUGGAGUUCUCUCGUGACAGGAAGUCCAUGUCUGUCUACUGCUCCCCUGCCAAGGCAUCAAAGGCCCCCGUUGGCAACAAGAUGUUCGUCAAGGGCGCCCCAGAAGGUGUGAUUGACAGGUGCGCCUACGUGCGCGUGGGCACCACCCGUGUGCCGCUGACCGGCCCCGUCAAGGACAAGAUCAUGACUAUCAUCAAGGAGUGGGGAACCGGCAGGGACACCCUCCGCUGCCUGGCCCUGGCCACCCGCGACAACCCGCUCAAACCAGAGGAGAUGAACCUGGAGGACUCCACCAAGUUUGCCGAUUACGAGACUGAUCUGACUUUCGUGGGCUGUGUGGGCAUGCUGGACCCUCCCCGUAAGGAAGUCGUGGGCUCCAUCGAGCUGUGCAGAGCUGCUGGCAUCCGUGUCAUCAUGAUCACAGGUGAUAACAAGGGAACGGCUGUGGCCAUCUGCCGACGCAUCGGGAUCUUCGGCGAGGAUGAGGAUGUGACCGGCCGCGCCUUCACGGGCCGCGAGUUUGACGACCUGCCCAUCGAAGCUCAGAGGGAUGCCGUGCGCAAGGCCUGCUGCUACGCCCGCGUGGAGCCGUCGCACAAGAGCAAGAUCGUGGAGUUCCUGCAGAGCUUCGAUGAGAUCACAGCCAUGACUGGGGAUGGUGUGAACGAUGCCCCCGCCCUGAAGAAGGCGGAGAUCGGUAUCGCCAUGGGCUCUGGCACCGCCGUUGCCAAGUCUGCCUCGGAGAUGGUCCUGGCUGACGACAACUUCUCUUCUAUCGUGGCUGCUGUGGAGGAAGGCAGAGCCAUCUACAACAACAUGAAGCAGUUCAUCCGCUACCUCAUCUCCUCCAACGUCGGGGAGGUCGUCUGUAUCUUCCUGACGGCUGCCCUGGGUCUGCCCGAGGCGCUGAUCCCCGUGCAGCUGCUGUGGGUGAACCUGGUCACGGACGGCCUGCCCGCCACCGCCCUGGGCUUCAACCCCCCCGACCUGGACAUCAUGGGCAAGGCCCCCCGCUCCCCCAAGGAGCCUCUCAUCUCCGGCUGGCUCUUCUUCAGAUACAUGGCCAUCGGAGGCUAUGUGGGCGCUGCCACUGUCGCUGCUGCCGCCUGGUGGUUCCUGUACGCUGAUGACGGUCCCGCGGUCUCCUACUACCAGCUGUCCCACUUCAUGCAGUGCCACGAUGAGAACGAGGAUUUCGCCGGCAUCGAAUGUGAAGUGUUUGAGGCUUCUCCACCCAUGACCAUGGCUCUGUCCGUGCUGGUCACCAUCGAGAUGUGCAACGCCCUCAACAGCCUGUCUGAGAACCAGUCUCUGGUGCGCAUGCCUCCAUGGAGCAAUGGCUGGCUGGUGGGCGCCAUGACUCUCUCUAUGUCCCUCCACUUCAUGAUCAUCUACGUGGACCCCCUGCCCAUGGUCUUCAAACUGACUCACUUGAACCUGGAACAGUGGAUUGUGGUGCUGAAGCUGUCCUUCCCUGUCAUCCUGAUUGACGAGGUGCUGAAGUUCGUCGCCCGCAACUACUUGGAGGCCUAAUCCUGUUUCCCCAUUUCCCGUAACUAAGAAAGAGAAAGAUGAGAAUCUAGUGUCGAAGAAAUGGGACUGAGAAAAGGAGGAGAGGAAGAGAGAAGGAAGAACAGAGGAAUAAGAAAGGCACUCCAGAGAAGGGGCGUCUAAGACAGUCACUAGAAGAGUAGGAAAUAAAAUGACUUGAACAUCGAGAUCAAAAACAACCAUCCAACUUAAAAAGACAAAAAAGCUUCAACAACAGCAACAACGACAACAACGAAAGACAAAAACAACAAAAAAUACUUCUGUAUAUGAAAUAAGAUUAAGUUAAUAUAUAGAUCAUUCUUAUAAAGACUAUAUUCUAAUAAUGACUAUUUUAUUCUUAAAAAGUAAAACUGUGUUAAAGAUAAUUCAUGUGUGGCUUUUUCUGUUUUGUUUUCUUGUUCCUUUUCUUUUCUAAUGAUUUUGGGCUUCCUUGACCUUUUUCCAGUUUACUCAAGAUGCAUCUGUGGUCUUGCGAUCUCUCUCUCUCUCUCUCUCUCUCCCUCUCUCUAUCCUUCUUUUCUCCCUCUAGCACACUGUGUUUCUGUGACUCGGCGAACGUUUGUCGGUCUCCGCGUUUGUGCUUCUCUGUCAUUCUGAUGCCUCUCUUCCAGCCAUCUCACCACCUUAUCCAUUAUUAUUUAUUGUCCUAUGUUACCUCGCUAAACCAAAACUCCUGUUUGUAAAGACGCUCCUUUGACAUAAAGAUGGCUUGUUUGCAGUCUUUUUAAA